CUGGACUCGGUGAAGGUUGGGAAUUAAAUGUUAAAGUGUCAAGACUAAUUAAAUUAAAAGAUAUUAAGACAACAAAACUCUAUGCAUUGGAAGCAAACAACUUGAUUAGCGCUCUGCCUCUACAAACACCAACUGUCACCGUCAAGAGUGUCUCUCACAUGUUGAAAUGUUCACGUCCCCCGCCCGUGCCUACCGCAGGAUGUGAGCCUCGCUGGCGUGUCUGCCCGACCACACAGACAUUAAACACCUGGGCAAUUUACCCCUCGUGACCAUGAAGAUGCGGGUGUGUAGCAUGGGCGUGGAGAGCGGCGUGAGUGUGGAGAACGUGGAGGACGGCGCUCUGGGGAGCCCUGGGGUGACAGAAGCCUCCAAGGUACGCUUCUCCGUACCCUCUAUGGAGUUCGUCUGGGAGACAGACGCUGAUGGCGGGAAGAAAGUGACGUUCCUGGUGGGUGGUGACGGAGAGCCGGUGGUGGUGGUACUGGGAGGUGCCAAGGAGGACGUUGACACAAUACUCGAGGAAAGAGCCAGGCGCCAGGCAGACCUUGAGGCCGACCUCCUCAAGUAUGUUAAACACAUCUGUUGUGUAGUGUGAAAGGAAGGUGGCUGGAGUAGUAGUAGUACUGGUAGUGGUGGUUGU